AAGCACCAGUCUUCAAGGAAAGUGUGACACCCGUGAAGCUCCAUUGUGAUCAUGAAGCUCUUGAACAUUGUCAUCGUGUUGGCUCUCGCAUGUGUUCCAGUGCAGAGCGAUGAAGUGAAGAACCUCCGGGGAGAGGUAGCGCCGACUGAGUCUGGUUCAGCUGAUGUGCCAGCAAAGGAGUCUGAUCUCGACAAGGACACAGAAUCAGAGGGACCAAGUGAUGCCGUUGGGGUUCCAGAAAAAGAGCUGGAUGCCACAGUCGAGCAGGGUGACUCAGGUGACUCCACUGAAGGGGCUGUUGCCGAGCCUGACGCUGCCGAAGCAGAGGCUACUGAAGGCGAGGAGGAUCUGAUGGUCCGAACAUGCCGCCGUUGGGUGACUUGCCACGAUGGCUGGUACGGAGGCAUUCGCUGCUCCGGCGGCCGAUACUGCACCCUCUGGCGUUGAGCUGAGCAUGUAGCGGUGCCCCUGUACAGUGUCGAGGUACCUACUUGAAAGCUUGACGUGGGCCACAUGUUGCAACCUUUGACCUUUGACUGUUUCGACAUCCUUCGACCAACUAAGGGGUUGGAUGAAUUUGAGGGGCAGGACAUUGUAUGCUUUAGGUCACAAAGACCUUCCACAUUCCUGCAUUAUGUCAUGAGUCAUAGGAGUCAUAGGUAUGUCUGUCAACAUCAUACUGCGAGGUCGUAACGUUCAGCACGACCCAUUGAAGUCUGGCAGC